AUGUCCAUCGCCGCCUGUCUCAUGGUCUGUGUUUUGUUUGAGCGCUCGCCUGUGCAGAUACUUCCAUACGGAUGCCCACCAUCUCUGCCCGCAAGGCAUGUUAGUGGUUCAGCCUUAGUUACUAUGGAGGCUGCCAUGCUCCGCAAGUCUUUCCCAAUCCUUUCCAGCAUGGUGGUCCCUGAGCUCUGGAUGUCGGUGCCAUCUUGGGACUUCCGUCCCUGGCGCACGUGUCAGGCUGGGACUGCAAUAAUCCGUCCACGGGACCGAUCUGUUGCCCCGGUUGCGAGCUGUGAUGUAUGGACUGUUGGGCCGGUAUGUGUGUGUGUUAAAAGCCAAGCCGAAAUCCCCACAAAUCCAUAUCUCCCCAUUUUUGUUUUCUCACAGGAACAAUGGGCGAAGCCCACUCACUAUUGUGAACCCGGGAGAUGA